AUGGACAUGGUUCUUAUAAGGGAUGAAUACGUGGCAUAUAAAUCCUUCAGACCGAUUUUGGUAGCGGUGGCUUAUCUCAAUAAGAAAUCAGCGAGGGAGAUAUUACAGGACACGCGAGUGCGCAAACUUAGAUUAGAGCGGCUCAAAGAGCGGCUCGAAGGGUGGGUCGACGGACGGCUCGACAGAAUGCCUGACGCACGGCUCGAAGAGCAGCUCGACGGACGGCUCGACGAGCGGCUCGAUGACUUGAUUUUUAGUUCCCGACGUUUCGGAUGCUUUCAUUGCAAUCAUGGUCACACGAGAGAC